GGGUAAUGUCGGUUUGGUUUAUUUGAGAACAACAAUAAACUAGUCCUCCAGUUUUUUUGGUUCCUCUGAAUUUUUUUCCUAGGUCAUUGCACAUUCAUCGUAGGAUUUUUCAAUUUUGAUGGAUAAUAAAGGUAAAGGUGCAAAAGCAUUAUCAACCUCUUUGCAAAACCUUAAUUUGAAUCUGAAUUCCCAAUCCAACUUCAAAUCCAACAAGUCUUCCAUUACAACAACAAUCACCCGUCCUCAAUUUCCCGGAUUCCUUACUAAGACAAAACCUCCAAGUCUAGUCAACCUCUGCAUUGGACUUAUUGGAAGACAUUUGGAGGAUAUUAUUGAAGAUUUAGAUGAGAUUGCUAUCGGCUUGCCGGCUGAAAUUAAGUUAGCAGUAGCAGCUAUUGCUAGACGAAGAAAGUUUCUGAAUGAUGAUGUCCUAAUUGCAUUAGCUGAUGCUUCUUGGGAAAUCCUUGACGUCUCUGGCUCAGAUGUUUCAGAUCUUGGCUUGGUAAAAGCAGCUGAAGUAUGUAGAUCCGUUAAAGCUCUAGACAUAAGCCGGUGCACCAAAAUUACUGCAACUGGUAUAUCUGAACUUGUGAAGCACUGCCAUUCAUUGGAGACACUGAGAUGCGGAGGGUGUCCAAGGAGUGACAACACUGCACGGAGAUGCUUGAGUAUAUUUAAACCAAAGCUAGAGUAUGUGGCGGAGGAUUCUUGGGAGGAGCUUGAUACUAAAGAAAUGGCUAAUGGUGCACAAUCACUCCGGUGGCUAGUAUGGCCAAACAUUGAUAAUAAUUCUUUAGAGGACUUUUCCACCGAGUGCCCGCGUAUCGUAGUAAAUCCCAAGCCAUCUCCAUUUGGGUUUAUGGGAACUCAAGUUCCUUUUGAAGCAUUUCAAAAUAUCAUAUUAGAUGAUGCAGUUGUGAAAGAUAUUGAUCCCAAGACAUGGACAAUGCAUGGGAUUGCAAAGAGGCCCAUUUCUUCACCUUCAAGCUCUACUGAAUUAUCAGUAGCUGAAAAAUUCAGACUUGCCUUUGAGGAAAGGGAUAAUCGAUUAGCUCCGAAGCGAGCUAAAAAUGCUCGGCAACAUCAGCGUCGGGCAGCACGGGACAUGUUGUUGAUGAGCACAAGUGCCAAGGCAGUGGUCUUAGCAUCACAAGCAAGCAAAUCUCUCCAUAGUCGAAACUUGUAGUCUCGGAGAAUUCUGAAAUGAUGAGUUUUUUUUGGGUGGAAUGUACUAUUAACUUCUGUAUAUAUGUAAGUUGUUUCUUGGUUAUUUUAUGCUAACAAGUUGGAAUUGGGAAAGAUUGUACCUUUGAAUUUUUGUCCUGUUUGUUGUUUUACAAAGUGAAAAUAUAUUUUAAAUUAAAAUGUUACAAAAGAAACA